CACACAAUUAUGAUAAGAAGCCCGUCUUACCCCCUAAUGGACUAAACCAUAUAAUCUUGGGUUCACGGGAAAAAACGCGGUUCAUCAUGGGACAAAAAGCCGGGCAGCUUAGUUCAGACAAGGGUACAGAAAAUGAUUUGGCGCUGUGUUAUUUGCUUUGUUUUUGUGGGUCUAACCCUCAAAUCUUUACUGAGUCAUAUUAAUUCUGCACAUAGCCGUAGUCCAGAUUUUCGUGUCAUUUGCGGGAUUGAUGGUUGUGUCAAAGAGUAUCGAGUUUACAACUCUCUUUGGUAUCACAUUCGAAGAAGCCACUCUGAACACCUUGACAAUGGAAGCAGCAGCAGAUCACGGAGCGGGAGGACACUGACAUCAAAACGGUAAGGCUGUUACUGUUACUAUUAUUAUUUUAUUCAUCUGUCAAAUAUUCUUAAAACAUGUGGAAAAAUAUAAAAUAUGUAUGUGAAUAUUACAAUACUACAUAUGAUAAUAUCUAAAAAACAGAGUAAAUCAUUUAUUGCUUAUUCAUCCUAGCCUUGAAUUGUUAGAUACUUUUUCGGAUUUAGUAGCAGACUAGCAUGUGUCUGUAUGGGAUUGGAUAGUAAGACAACAAAUCACAAACAGCUAAGGAGGACUUUUAGCUCACGUUAGUUUAGAAAUCAUACGUUCAACCCCAACCAGCAGUAAAACUGUGACUUCAGUUUACAUUUACUAUAAUUUAUUUUCCCCCAUGUCACACACAUAUUUCCUGUGAACAAAAGCCGUGCGAGCAGCUGUUUGUCCUUCUAAAAAUACAAUAUAGAGCGUCCAGUUCGUUCAUUUCCGUUCUGAUGGCGGCUGCCAUAUUUGUUUACAAAGAUGCUUCAGUGGUGCUGCCCUGUCAAUCACCACAUAAAGCCCGCCUCAUUUCAAAUAAACGACUGUCAUUUGCUACUGGGCAAAUACACAAAACUCAGGAAAAAAAAACAGGAUCACUUAAAAGAUUGUUUUUUAACUGUUUCACUCAAAAUCAAAUCUGACAAAUGUAUUUCACAAUAAUUAAAUAUCUAAAUGUUGUAGACAUGACUUGACUGUCUAUUACAAAAACACAUAAUAUUUAUUUCUUACUUGAAUCUUUACAAAUCCUGUCCAAAAAUAUUUGAAUGUUAGGUUAAAGUGAUGGAAUUUUGCAAAUGUGGAUCUUACAGGGUAAAUGAACUGAAACCUGAUAAUAUUGACAUUUUUUCCUUGAAAAAUGAAAAUACGCAAAAUACUUUACAGUUAAUUUUCUUUUUCUCAUCUAAUCAAUUAUUCAAUUCAUCCUAAUUGCAGUUCUACAAGAAGGGAGCCCCCAUCAGUGGCAGACAGAAACACCAGCAACAUUUGGACAUGCAGGCCUGCUGAUUCAGUGGUGGAAAACAGACACCAACUAACAGAGUGUACAACAUUGGAGAACAGAGGCCAACCAAUGACGGAUGCAGCGGUGGACAACAGAGUACAGUCAGUGGAAGAUGCAACGAUGGAGGAUAACAGAGUGCAACCCUAUCCGGAAUGUGACGAUCCUGAACAUUUUGGAACUUUUGAUAGUAAUGUGUCAUUGUACUCCGGUUUCGACAAUGGUCUCCAUACAUCUCCAAAGCACCCUGCACUGUCCCAGACCAAUGACGAUAUUCUGAACAUCCCGGCGGCUUGUCCAAGUGAGCUUGCAGAUGGCUACCCAUCUGGCCAACCUAAGGCAAGUCUACUGAUAGUUUUCUUCAAUGCACAAUAACAUGCAAUUAAGUAAGUACAUACCUAUAUUUAUUUCCCCCUUUUUCCCUGAAGGAUGUCCAAUGCUGCAAUGUUCUGACAAGACAAGCUACUGCUAUUGUGCUGACUGCCAGAGAAAAACACCAUCUUUCACAGAGUGGUGUAAAUGAUGUCUUAGUGGCAAUGCAGCAGUACCAAGCUCUCUUGGUGAAAAAUCUGAGAAGUCAGCUGCAAACAGUCUUCCAGCAACAUCAAGGAAGUGGACUUGAAAAGGAAGCUAUGGAAGUAUUUGACCAGAUCGAGGACCCAUUUGCCUCUGUUUCAACAACGUACAGGCAGGAUAGUGUGAUUAAGGAGAAUUUCAAUUUUGUUGAGUCACAGGAGAUUUCUGUUGGGUAUAAAGCUUGCAUGGUGAAAAAAGGGAGAAAAAGACACCUUGCUACAGUGCCCAAAUGUUUUCAUUAUAUACCCCUUAUCAGAAGUUUGGAACAGUUACUAUCCCAUCCAAAGGUUUUGGCAAUGAUAGAUGAGCCACAGAAAUACAGUGGUGCGUAUUUGUAUGACAUCAGUGAUGGCGAUCUCAUGAAGUCACAUUCUUUAUUUUCUGUUCGACCUUCUGCUUUACAGAUAAUCCUUUACUCUGAUGAAAUUGAAAUUUGCAAUCCACUUGGGUCUCAUGCCUCCAAAAAUAAGUUGCUAAUGUUUUAUUAUACUUUGGGGAAUAUUAAUCCUAAAUAUCGAUCAAAACUAGCUGCCAUUCGCCUACUUGCCAUUGCCAAAAAGAGUGAGCUCUCUGAAUGUGGUGUAGAUGGAAUCUUGGGAAGGUUGCAUGAGGAUUUAGUAAUGCUAUAUGAUGGAGUUACAAUUCAAACAGGGAAUGGUGAACGUGAAAUAUUUGGAGCAUUGGUUUCAAUAUGUGGUGACACUUUGGCUCAGCAUGAGGUUUGUGGAUUUAAAGAGGGUGUUGGUUUUGCUUAUAGUAAAUGCCGGCAGUGUGAAUGUUCAUUUGAGGACAUGCAAAUCCAUUUCGAUGAGGAUAACUUUGAGGGAAGGACAAUAGAGAGACAUGUCCGGCAGUGUAGCAACAUUGAGAAGGCCAGCACAGAAUAUCUCAGAAACAGCUUAAAAACAACAUAUGGUAUCAAUAGAAGAAGCAAGCUGGUAGAUUUCCCAGCCUUUAACUUGAUCCAGCAAACACCCCAAGACAUGAUGCAUAUCAUUCUUGAAGGGAUUGCCCCAUUAGAAAUAAAAUGUGUGAUGAAACAGUUAAUUCUUUUGGGACAACUAGACUUGGGAUGUCUUCAAUACUGCAUUAACUGGGUUUUCCCUCUCUCCACUUGA